AUGAUCGAAGUUGUCAAGAACUUCAAUUCGUAUGUUUGGCGCACAGAGGUUCUCGAGAUAUCGUCCGACAAAGGCAGGAGACAAACAGCCAAUCUGAACAGCUGUUAUCAAAAGCUUGAUGGCUCGCUAAUGCAAGUCGCGAAUGAUGUUGUUGCGAAAGAGGCCAGAAACCACGAGGCCGCCGUUAGUCGAAAGGAUCGAGCAAAAGAUCAGCAAAAAGCCAAGAAGGCAGCAGCGGCAGCAGCGUCUGAGGAACGACUACGAAAGCAGAAGCUAGAGAGGGAACGGUCGCGUGCUCAACAUUCGUCUCGUCGCUGA